AUGGAAAAAGGGAAGAAGAAAAAGCCCGCAGCUGUCGGCGAUGCUCGCGACAAGCUGAAAAAGGCACACAAGCCGGGCUAUGAUCGAACCAAGCCGCCGCUGCCAGUGCUGGUUGCUAAAGACCCCCCUCCACAGCCUAAACUAAAACACCAGACAUAUUUUGAACUAGUUGAGAAUACGGACAGGAAGAAGCAACUCGAAUUCAAGAUCACCACAGAGACGACGCCCCCACCAGGCUACACAUUUCUUCCGAUUGUAGGCAACUCGGACCUGACGGCCUUGUGUAAGGAUCUGUCAAGGGAACAGGAUGCCAUGAUCUUUAUGGUCUCGACAUCAAGAAAAGAAGAUGCCAGCGAGCUUUCUCUACACACCUGCCGUACUGGGCAUCACUUCCGCGAAGCCAUUGUUGAAGAGGCUAGCGCGAAGCUAGGCGACCGCCUUACAGGCCUCGUCCCGGCCAACCAUGGUAUUCCGGAACCGAUCCCCGAAACCCAAGAAGAGAUUAAUGCGCAGGCCGACGCCGCUCUCCGAGAGCUAUUUCCAAGAAUACCGAACACGGACCGUCAAGAAAUUAUCGAUCAUGCUUUCAGAAAGGGGAAAAUAUCCAAUGGCAGCCCUGUAGUCGGCCUUUGCGCCGAGCUAACACUAUCCCGCCGAGUUCAACUUGCGGUUCUUGCCCAUAUUCGACACAGACAUACUCGGUAUGAUUCCCUGUUGAGGGAAACUACCUGGGAGCAUGCCAGGAGAACCGUCGAGGCAGUCUGCCUUGAUGUAAUCGUCAAGUGGCGAGGCGACGAAGAGAAUGGCCGGGAUCAGCUUGACACGAUUCUACGUGAAGUUGUUGUCAUCUCUGACUCGGAGGAUGAUGAUGAAGAAGAAUCCGAAGAGGAUUCAGAUGUGCCAGUCGUUGUUUCCCCUCCAGGUGCUGAACCCGCGCGUGUGGCGAUCAAUGCCGUCGAGGGGCCAGAGGCCGCUCUGGCGGCUUCCCUGGCCAUCAAUGUCAGACCUCAGAGCCGAGACCACACGGCUGCACCUGUUAAGCCAGCGAUGCCAAAGGUGCCAACCACGCCCCUUAGGACUAAAGGUAAUGCGCGCCUUAGCAAGCGUGCCCGUAAAGCGGCCAAGAAGGCGCAACGAGGCUUUAGCCGAUACCAAGCUGCCUGGGACCAGGCCAUGGAGCGGAGACGCCACGAAGAAGUGCCCGGGCACCCACCCCAGGGUACGCCGUUGGCCAGAUCUACUAGCAAUGGGCGGUUGCCCCCGACAUCUCUGGAUUAUAGUCCAGCCUACUCCCCGUAUGCUGCCCACCCUACCCGGGCAAACAAUGAAGUGAUUUAUCUCGGACCCGCAAGGAGCUUGGGGCCUGCUAACGCUAAUGCGCCCACCUUUGAACGACGCCCAGCGGCGCUCGAGGCCGCCGGGUAUAGUCCGAGCGCUCGGGGCUCGCGUGCCGUCUACCGAGAAGAAGCUCAGGCGAGAUCCACGGAGGUGAUGACCCGCAGCUAUACAAAUGCCGCGUUUCCCGCACAGAAGCAACCGGAGCCGCGAUACAAAGAUUUGCUGGUCCGAUCUAUUGAGACGCCCAAUCCCACACCUGUUUCUAUGACCCCGCGGUUUGUCCGUGCCUUGCCUCCCCGCAAGCAUGCCCGUGACGAAAGCCCGGAUGAAUACCAGGCGAGGGAAUAUCCACCAGCUCAAUCCUACGGUUCCAGUGCCCCUGUGGACAUCAUCCAGGACCACCACUUGAAGCGGCGCCGUGUGAUUAGCGAUCACGACGGCAUUCCAACCGCAGCCCCCGGCGUGUAUCCACAAGAUGACCACUCCCGCUACCCUCCUGAACCUGCUCACCGCGUAAUCCAAGCUCGUUACCCCCCAUCUUACGCGACUUUGGAUCGUGAGCCUCAGAUGAGAGAGCAAGCACCAGCCAGGCCCACGUUCUAUGAGAUUCGGUCUGAGCGUGGUGCAGCCAGAGAUCAGCCGGUUGUUGUUCAUCAUUCUGGCGCAACUCUGCGAUAUGCCGAUGAGCUUGUUGAAGUUCGUCGUGCAGUUCCUGAGGUUCGCCAGUACGCUGGGCAUCGCAUCGCUGCGACUGGGGAACGAACAGUUCUCAGGCAUCCCUCUGGUAUGGGAGCGGCUCCCGGCCGUCCUUACUACGAGGACCCAGGAUAUCGACCUAGCCAUAGUGAUCCUUCUCAGGCGCCAAGGGUAUCGAUGCAGCCCAUCUUCGUGAGACCUGUAGACCGGCAGCCCUCCGAGUCAUCACGUCCCCAGGAUCCUAUCUAUUCACACCAGGAGAUAGUCCGGGCAGCACCUGAGCCACGGCGCCUCGGCCAGGAGGUUUAUGCGCCUCCCCCACAUCAGAUAGAACCCCCCAUUUGGCGGCUCCCCAACAGCCUAGCAACCUCCCCAUUCGACCCCAAAUUCAACCCCACGAACUUGUUCGCGUGGGACCCCCUGCCCAGCAACCUACGCGGUUAUCAUACCCCCAUCACAGUCGACCUGUAG